AUGCAGCUGUCCGGCCUCCUGCUGGCGGCAUCGUCGCUGACCAGCCUGGCGGCCGCCACGCCCUUCAGCCCUCGCUCGACGACGGCGGGCAACAACGAGCAGUGCGCGCACAAGGCCCUCGAGGCGCGCCGCUCCAACCUCGGAGCGCUGCGCAGCUUUGUGCAGCCCAUGCCCAAGGGCGCCGACCUGCACAACCACCUCGAUGGCACCCCCUUUGCCGAGGACCUCCUCUCGUGGGCAGCCGACCUCGGCGUGUGCCUCAACUCGACCACCGCCCUCUUCGCCGAGGGUCCCUGCGGGCCGGGCACCGUCGCCGUCAAGGAGGCCGACCAGCAGCUCUACGACGCCGCCAUCGAUGCCGUCUCGCUGCGCUACUCGGACCCGGCCACCCUGACGGGCGCGCAGCCCAGCGGGCACGACCGCUUCUUUGCCACGUUUGGCCGGUCCAGCAUCGUCGCCACGCCCUCGGCGGGCAAGGAGCUGGCGGCGGUCAAGGAGCAGGCGGCGCUCGACUCGGUGAGCUACGUCGAGAUCAUGGUCGUGCCACCGCUCUGGGACACGCUGGCCGCCAAGCUGUCGCUCGCAUCGCCGCUCUCGGCCAACUCGAGCAGCGGCGACUUUACUGCGCUCGACGCGCAGCUCGAGCCGCUCCUCUUGCAGCACAUGGGCGAGAUCCGCAAGACGUACGACGACAUGGAGGCCGUCGCCACGGCGGGGUGCCCCGAGCGCGCCGGGUGCGGCGUCGAGGUGCGGUACCUUGCCACGGCGCUGCGCCUCAUGACGCCCGCACAGGUCUACACGAUGCUCUACACGUCGUUUGCGCUGCAGAAGGCCGACGAGCGCUUCGUGGGCGUCCAGAUCGCCCAGGCUGAGGACGGCAUGGUGGCCACGCGCGACUACACGCUGCACAUGCGCAUGUUUCGCCACCUUCACCAGCGCUUCCCCGCGGCGCCGGCCGCGCUGCACGCGGGCGAGCUGGUGCUGGGCACGGUGCACCCGCGCGACAUGCGCUUCCACAUUCGCGAGGCCGUCGAGGUGGCGUCGGCGCGCCGCAUCGGCCACGGCGUCAGCAUCGGCUUCGAGACCAACUCGACGGGCCUGCUGGCCCAGAUGCGCGAGCGGGGCAUCGCCGUCGAGAUCAACCUGUCGAGCAACGACGCCAUCCUCGGCAUCCGGGGCGAGGAGCACCCGUUCCAGUUCUACCGCGCCCAGGGCGUCGCCACGGUGCUGAGCACCGACGACUCGGGCGUGCUGCGCAACGACCUGAGCAACGAGUUCCUCCGCGCCGUCUCUGAGCACGGCCUGGCCUACGCCGAGCUCAAGCAGCUGGCGCGCAACAGCCUCCACUACUCGUUCCUGGACGGCUCGAGCCUCUGGAAGGACGUCGUGGCGGGCCAGCGCGUCAGGGCGUGCGUCGCCUCGCUCGACGACGAGGGCUGCAAGGCCUUUGUCAAGGGCAGCGCGCGCGCCCAGCUGCAGAAGAGGCUCGAGGACGACCUGGCUCGCUUUGAAGCGUCGCUCUGCUGA